AUGUUUGAUAUAGGAUAUGCUAUUCGUGUAUUCGUAUUACUUUGGAGAUAUAAAGGAAAUAAAAAAUAUAAAAAUAUAUUUUCUCAAUCAGUAAUUAAUGGUCGUUGUUGGCCAAAUGAUCUUGAUUUAAAUUUUCAUAUGAAUAAUUCAAGAUAUUUACGUGAAUGUGAUUUUGGUCGUUAUUCUUAUUUAAUUGAAACAGGUUUAUGGAAUGCUAUUAUUCAACGUCGAAAUAAAUAUAUGAAAAAUUCAACUAUUCUUGUUAGUGCAUUACAAGUUCAAUAUCGUCAACCUAUUAAAUUAGGUGAUAAAUUUCAAAUCCUAACACGUAUUAAUGGAUGGGAUGAUAAAGCAUUUUAUUUGGAACAAUUUAUUAUUAUGGAUAAAAAUGGUCAAGCUGCUUUUUCAUUAUUAGUUCGACUUGUUCUUAUUCCACGUUCUCUUACACCACAAAUCUUAAUUGAUGAUCUUAAAAUAGGAUCAAUUAAAUCACCUACACUUUCAACAGCUGUUCAAGCUUUUAGACGAAAUCAUCAAUUAACUUUUUCACCUAUCAAAUCAAAUAUUUAA